ACAGAGAACCCUCAGAGUGCAUACUUUAACGGGGAAAAACAAUAAACACAAACCAGCCAGCCUGUUUAGUAUGCACGGUGCAUCAGCCUGCAGGGCAAGAAGUGUUGCGCGUUCUCCUGUACAAACCCUGCAUGCUGCUGCGCUGUGAGCAUAACAUGAGCCAUAAAGUUGUCUGUAAUACUGUGUGACGCCAUCCUACUGAUGGAGACAUUUACCUUUGAAAAUGCAAGUGUGAAAUUGGAAGAGCAGUCACAAAGAGGCAUGGCACAGCUUUAGUUCCUGCACAGCCACUGUGAUGUUUAAUCCUUUUCGGAGUCUGCUCAUGGGCUCCUCUAAGCUCACAGUGGUUAGUCUGGCCCUCAUAAACCAUUAGGAUAAAUGGCAGGUCAACCAAGACAAAGAAAUAAAUGUUUCCAGGACUUUUAGGUACAUCAUUCUAUGUUGUGUACAGCUUUACCUUAAAGCUUAUUUGCCAUCUUCAGAGUCACUGAAGUGCAAUUCAUUUAGGAAACUUGUUUAAAUGGCAUCUGUAUCUCUACUCAGUGUGUAUUUUCUUUAUUUUUUAUUUUAUUUUGUGCCCUCUACAGCAUCUGUUCAGUCCAGUAAUUACCCAAUUUGCCACACACUUCAUAAGAAGUACAGAGGAGGGCAUUUUAGUCACCGGCUUUGCCAGCUUCUUAUUAAAUCCAGCAGGAGUGAGUUCUGCCAAAGACAGCACAGGUGGACUCAAAUGCAAACCGCUGGAGUUAGCACUCAGCUGGCAGCACAACUCCAGGUUUGCACUAAAGCAUAACACUUUUGGUUUCUGCACGGCAGAGUCAUGGCUGUCAACUUAAUGGCAUUACAUGAAGUGACGCCUGACUUCAAAGACAGGAGGAUGUGGCGAUUUUGCUGAAACCAAAAAGCUGUGAAAAGUCGUCAUUGUGCACUGCUGCUUAUCGAGUGUUUUAAUGUGCCCAAGUGGCCGUGUAAGACGUUAAUCCUGGCGGUGAACACUUUAAUGCAAUGCCCUGUGCCCUUUUGCCUUUCACCAUAUUUUUGCAUUCCCAGCUUGGUGGGAAAUUUGCUGUGAAGAAAGGUUGAGGGGGCACUUUGUGGUCUGCAGUUUCCCAGACCACAUGUAUGAAUGUGUACAUCCCGACCCCUCCAUCACCACCGCCGCCACUGCCCAGAUGUUUCCAAUGGAGGACAGAGGAGCCAGAGAGGAGAUGGAGCCUUUUCUUAGAAGUGGCACAUCAGUGGAGAAAUUGAGGAGGUGAUUACAUGAGGGGAAUGUGUCCUCAGUCCUGGAGAUGGGGGGUUGGGGAAUGUAGCCUCCCCCUUCCCCUUCUUUAUCUCCCCUGUAGUGCUGGAACUGGGAUUGAUUUCAGAGGUGACUGAUCCCUACAAGGGCUUUCUGUUCUGGCAGGGAAUGCCAUGCUGGAAGCAUCAGACUGGAGUCUUAAUAGUGAGUUAAGUUGGUUUAGUGGAGUGAUAAUGAUUAAAAAGAUAGGAGGAGAAUAAGAAGAAGACAAAGAUCCGCUCUUAUCAGCGGUUUUAUCUUCUGGGAGAUCCUGGAGGGCAUCGUCAGAAACGCUCAGGAUGAUCAAAGACAGCCCUCGUGUGGAGAAAGGGUCACAUUGAAGACUUUCAUCCGAUCACACAAACACAUACUUGUCUUUUUCUUACUCCACUGCCAAGAGUCUAAGUGUCUCGAGGUCAGGUUGGAGGUGCCCAGUUUGUGCGGCAUCGGAGGCCUUGAAGAUGUUUACGCACGAUAUCGCUAAAGGGUUGAGAGGGAAAAGGGUACAGCGGAUCACAGGGCAGAUGUUGGCAGGAGGGUGAAGGGUAGAGGGGGGUGGUCUCUGUGAGUAACUGGGCUUGGUGCCUUCUCUUGUAAAGCAUAUUUCCUGGAGGAGGAAUUCCUCUGAGGUUAGGAAAUGCUGGAGAACAAUGAGGCUCCGGUUGGUAGGCAAAGUUGAACUGAAGAGCAAAGAUUGUUGCUGCCGAUCUGUGGGACCUAAACACAAUGCACCUCGCACAUACUUCACUUUUAAGGUAGUGGAAAACAGCAUGGAGAACAAGGAUGAUUAGAGCAGUUUGUCCCAGGAUAGUAUGCGCCUAUUGUGUGGAUCUACCCGACGUCUUGUGGGAAAAUAUGUAGAUUAUAUCUUAAAGCUACUGGGAAAGUUUAAAUUGGGCAUUGUCCUGAAUUAAAACACCACCUUUUCCUCCUAAUGUACUAAACGUCCCCAGUAUUCCGACAGUGAGAGGAAGGCUUCAGGGAAGCUGUCCGUAAUAUGUCUUUCCUAUCUUAUAUAAUGAACGAUUAUAGCAAGAGAUAGUGGGUGGUGGUGGACAGUGGUGUUUAUCUUGGACAGCUACGAGCCAAUAAAAUGAUAGUCAUUCUUAGAAAAGCCUCAAUGGGAGGAACAAAUCAAGGCAUAAUGUAAACAGCGACUCUAAUGAGGUCCUUGCUUGUCUGCAGUUUUUUAGCCACACUGUCAAACAAAAUACUGCCAAUGUUUGCCAUUGAUGGAGAGACACUGAAAGCCAUUUGCUUGCAUGAUAAGCACUUAAGAGAAGAAGCAUGCAAGAAGCUACAAUAGGGGAAACCUUUCAUGUCCCAAUUCUGGAGGGAGAUCACAAGUUAACUUAAUAUAUUCCAAAGAGCUCUGCAGUGCAUUAAGUGGUCCCUUAGCUGCUGCCUUCCUUACCCAACAAAAGCCUGAGUAAUAUGAGUGUAAUGUUUAAAACAUUUUUAAUCCUUUGACUAACUUGAAAUUGAAUAGAUGUGGUUUUUAGACCUUGCAAUGCUGUAGAAUUCGUACCUUUGCCUUUAUCUUAGAUACUGUUGAUCAGCAAGGGAAGAAAUUCAAGAAAAACCUCAUUGCAUGCGCGUGCACAGGCAACAUACAGGUUAUUCUUGUGCUCUCUGGACUGGAGGUGCAGCAGUUGUUGGUCCGCACUUUAAAUCACUUGUGUCUUCCAUGUGAAUACGCCUGCAGGAAGUUAGAAAUGAAGCCUAAUGUAAAAUGCUGUUAGCUCCUAGAAAACCCAGGUAUUCAAGUAAACUCUGUCUGUGUAUUUGUAUUUGAAGGCUCCACUGCGGUCCCUCUGGGUUUGGAUUUAUUUACAUGGCUGGGAUAGUUGCUCUGGCAUGUGCCGCUGGGCCAGGAAUUUUUUUCCCCUUUCUUUUUUCCUGCAACAUAUAACCGGCCGAAUGAGGAGGCGGUUCGUCGCCUCUCAGCAGAUGACCCCCGAAGGUCACAGCCUCCUGUUCCCAUCCCUUUCCUGUCUGAUAAUCUGUGGAUGUCAUUUGAGAAUUCAGCUCUCUCUUGUGCAUGAUGGAAACAGGAAGAGAAGAUUCUGUUGAUCUGAUCAGUGCAUCCUGAUCAGAUGAGAAAGCAAACUUGUAAACAGAGAAAGCGCAAUCUUGUGCGUGUAUACGUGUGCGUUUGAGAGUUCAGUGCCGCCAUGUUUAAGAAUUAAAAUGCCAUGUAUAUUUUGCUCUAAUGGAAGUCUGCAGUUAAAUUAAGCAGUUCCUUUUAUUUAUUUAUUGUUAAAUAAUAGAUGAAGUCAGAUGUAUUAUUUAUUGAAUACAUACUAGGGAUGAACGUUUUAUUGACAUUAAAAAGCGAAUUAGUACAUGUGGUAGGGAUCAAAAGCCAGAAAUGUUAAAAGCUGUUGUCUUGCUGGCGACGCUGGAUCAAAGAGUGCAAAAGCAAAGUUGUGUAUGAAACGUAACACAAGACGGGGCAUUUUCAGCAUGAUGCUGGUAGACUGGGAUUGUAUAGUUAUGAGACUGGGGCUGAGUUUUUCACGCAGAGAGCCUACCAAUAGCCAUUUACUGUUGCUUACAUCAGUUUGUCUCUAUAAUAGGCUGCGGUGUGUGAUAAGCGAUUCCACAGAGAGGCAGUCUGCUGUAUCUCCCCCGACUGCUCCCCUCUUUAUUCCUUAAUUACUUCCUUUUUUUUCUUCUCCAGAGCGGAUGAUAGCCUCAUAAUGUUAUGGCUUCCACACCUGCCUCUUAUACACUCUGCCCUUUCAUAUGUCACAAACCCCUGUUAUUCCUUUUUUUUCAACGUUGCUCCCAGAGCAGGUGGUGGCUGCACAUGUUCCACCCGUGGAUAGCCUUUAAAGAAGAGUAUUUUUUUUUUUCCACUUAUGGAUCGCUGUUUGGCUAGAGCCACGUUUCCUCGCCACCGAGCAGAAUUUUAAACUUCAGACUUUCUUCAUUUAGCUAUGAUCCAGGUUUGCAGACACACACGCGUAUGCUGGUGAGAGACUAACUAGAAGACAGAAGUGAAGCGAGGGAGAGGUGUUCCUGCAUCGUCUCAAUCAGUACGCAGCCACCAAAAUCGAAAAGAACGUCACAGAGGAAACGGUGAAGGUCUUAUUCUCUAACAUUGAGGAGAUUCUGGCUGUUCACAAAGACUUCCUGUCCAUGGUGGAGGACCUCCUGCAGCCCGACCCUCACGCUCACCAUGAAAUCGGUCGCUGCUUCUUGCACUUUAGGAGCCGUUUUCAGAUUUAUGACGAAUACUGCGGGAACCACGAGAAGGCCCAGAGGCUGCUGCUGGAGCUCAAUAAGAUCAGAAAUGUCAGGACAUGUUUACUGAACUACAUGUUGCUGGGAGGCAGGAAAAACACAGAGGUCCCACUGGAGGGAUAUCUGGUAGCUCCCAUUCAGAGGAUUUGCAAGUACCCGUUGCUGCUCAGAGAGCUGCUUAAGAGGACCCCGAAGAAGCACAACGACUAUGCUCUGGUACAGGAGUCUCUGCAGGUGAUGAAAGAGGUGUGCUCCAGCAUCAAUGAGGCCAAGAGACAGAUGGAAAAAUUGGAGAUUUUGGAGGAAUGGCAGUCGCAUAUCGAGGGCUGGGAGGGUUCAAAUAUCACAGACACAUGCACGGAGAUGCUAAUGCAGGGUGUCCUGCUGAAGAUUUCAGCUGGGAACAUACAAGAGAGGAUUUUUUUCUUGUUCGACAAGCUUCUGGUCUACUGCAAGAAGAAAAAUAGGCGUUUAAAAAACAGUAAGACGUCCACCGAGGGCCCUCGCUACCUGUUCAGGGGAAGAAUCAGCACUGAGGUGAUGGAGGUGGAAAAUGUGGAUGAUGGCACAGCUGACUACCACAGCAGCGGGAACAUAGUGAACAACGGCUGGAAGAUCCACAACACGGCCAAGAACAAGUGGUUCGUCUGCAUGGCCAAGACCCCGGAGGAGAAGCAGGAGUGGCUGGAGGCCAUCAUGAAAGAGAGGGAACGCAGGAAAAGUCUGAGGCUCGGCAUGGAGCAGGAUACGUGGGUGAUGGUGUCAGAGAAGGGAGAGAAGCUCUAUCACCUCAUGACCAAGGGUAACCUCAUAAAGGACCGGAAACGCAAGCUCACCACCUUCCCCAAGUGUUUCCUGGGAAGUGAGUUUGUGUCCUGGCUGAUGGAAAUCGGUGAAACGGACAACCCAGAAGAAGGGGUUCACCUGGGUCAAGCUCUGCUGGAGAAUGGUAUCAUCCACCACGUCACAGACAAACACCAGUUCAAACCAGAGCCCGUGCUCUACCGUUUCCGCUACGACGACGGCACCUACCACCCGAGAAGUGACAUGCACGAUGUUAUAUCCAAGGGUGUUCGGCUGUUUUGUCGUCUUCACAGCCUCUUCACUCCCGUCAUCAGGGACAAGGACUAUCAUUUACGGACCUACAAAUCAGUGGUCAUGGCUAACAAGCUCAUAGAUUGGCUUAUAGCACAGGGGGACUGCAGAACGAGGGAGGAAGCGGUGAUCUUGGGGGUGGAGCUCUGCAACAAUGGCUUCAUGCAUCACGUGCUGGAGAAGAGUGAAUUCAAGGACGAGCCCCUACUGUUCCGCUUCUUCGCUGAUGAGGAGAUGGAGGGUUCCAACACAAAAUACAAACCUAUGAAGCAUGACCUGAAAAUACUUGAAAAUGUCAUCUCCAAGUCUCUCCUGAUAAGGCCCAGUGAUGGAGGCUAUGGCUUUACCCUGGAAGAGAGGAACCGAGUCCCCAUAAUCAAAUUUGUUGAGAAGGGCUCCCCAGCUGAGAUGGCUGGUCUGGAAGUGGGGAAGAAGUUGUUUGCUAUAAAUGGAGACCUGGUGUUCCUCAGGCCUUUCUCUGAAGUUGAAGCUCUCCUCAAGCAAUGUUUUAACAGCAAAGGACCCCUCCGAGUGCUGGUCAGCACCAAGCCUAGAGAGACGAUUAAGAUUCCAGACUCGGCCGAUGGCUUGGGAUUCCAGAUCCGUGGAUUCGGUCCUUCUGUGGUCCAUGCUGUUGGGAGAGGCACAGUGGCAGCAACUGCCGGUCUCCACCCAGGCCAGUGCAUUAUAAAGGUGAACGGUAUCAAUGUGAGCAAGGAGAGCCAUGCCAGCGUCAUCGCUCAUGUCACAGCGUGCAGGAAGUAUCGGCGACCCACGCAGCAAGAUACUAUCAAGUGGGUCUACAACAGCAGUGAGAACGCCCAGGAGGACAACCAGAAAACUAACCAGAAACCCAUCCCUGAGAAGAAUGGAGAUGGCUUUGAGUGUAAAGUCGAAGAGGUAAUGGACAAAAUCAACACUAUAGCUAUCAUUGAUGGAAAAACAGACCAUGUAAGUCUGACAGUAGACAAUGUCCACCUGGAGUACGGAGUGGUGUACGAGUAUGACAGCACAGCUGGCACCAAGUGCCAUGUACUGGAGAAGAUGGUUGAACCCAAGGGAUUCUUCAGCCUCACUGCUAAGAUCCUGGAGGUACUGGCGCGUAAUGAUGAUGCGCUGGUGCAGAUGUGUGGAAGGUUGAUUUCCAGCUGUGAUCUGAUCCCAGAGGAGCUGCGGGUGCGCCUCAGUGCCAUGCAUAGUGAGAGGGCAGAGCACAUUAAUCGACGCAUCACUAACUACAGAAAGUUUUCCCGGGUACUCAAGAACAGGGCAUGGCCCACCUUUAAGCAGGCAAAGGCCAAGGUGUCUCCUCUCCAUAGUAGUGACUUCUGCCCCACAAACUGUCACAUUAAUGUGAUGGAGGUGUCCUAUCCAAAGACCACAACCUCUUUGGGAAGUGCGUUUGGUGUGCAGCUGGACAACAGGAAGAAUACGCUGGAGAAAGGAGGCCGCAGCAGUGCUGAGCAGGGUAAGCUGAACCCCAUGGUAAAUGUGCAGCACACCAUUACAACCAUGGCAGCACCAUCGGGUCAUAGCCUGGGGCGGACCGAGGGCCACGGCCUUCGUUUCCUGCUCAGAGAAGAAGACCUGCUCACCCUGGAUGCAUAUCAGAAACUUCUCUAUAAACUUACUGCUGCUGUCAGGGAGAUGGAGACACACGGCGCCCACAUUCAUGACCUUCUAUCCUCCAUCACCCAUCCUCCAGCCUCAGAGGUGAGAACCCCUGAGAGCUACAUUACGGGAGAGAGUGAGGGAGAGAAGGGUGAAAGGAAUGGGAAGAAAGUCUGUUUUAAUAUGGCAGGGGAUGAGCAGGAGGACUCCGGGCAUGACACAAUCAGCAACAGAGACUCAUACAGUGACUGUAACAGCAAUCGAAACUCCAUUGCCUCCUUCACCAGCAUCUGCAGCAGUCACUGCAGCUCCUACGUUCACAGUGACGACAUGGACUCAGGAGAUGAGAUGCCCUCGAGUGUGUGGCUGUCACAUGAUAAGCAGAAGAAGCUUCACAGCUUUCUAGAGCACCUGUUUAGCCAGGUGGACUCAAUCACUAGCAUGCUGACAGGAGCAGUAGUGGCUCGGGCAUUUGAGCAGACCAAAUGCUUCACACCUGGAAGAGGAUUACAAGAGUUUCAGCAGGAGAUGGAGCCCCGAGUGAGCUGCACCAAAAAGUUGCGUCUCCACGUCAAGCAGGAUCCCUGGAACCUUCCCAGCAGCGUUCAGGCGCUCACGCAAACCAUAACUAAAUAUGUUGAAGAGGUGAAGACUCGACUGCUCCUGGUCCUACUACAGUAUACAGACUCAGAAAUCCAGCUACGUCGCGAUAUGGUAUUCUGUCAGUCUCUAGUUGCGUCUGUGUGCGCCUUCUCCGAGCAUCUGCUGGCUGUCCUCAACCAGGUAAAUUAUUUCUGCAAUGUAGGGAAAGAUGUUGACCAGGAAAUCCCUGACUCCCAGGACCUUCAGGAGGCCCAGGAAGCUAGCCGUCGAUGGCUCGAGCAGAUUGCCAGUGCUGGGCUGCUGUUCCACUUCCAGUCCCUGCUUUCGCCCAAUCUGACUGAUGAGCAAGCCAUGCUGGAAGACACUCAAGUAGCCCUAAUUGACCUGGAGAAAGUCACCUUCUACUUCCAGGAAUUUGAAGGGGAGCCUCUUGUUGCCAACAUGCCCAUUUCAUACCAGGUGGAGGGCAAUCUCCAGGCCUUGAAAGUUUGCUUCUACCUUGAGAGUUUCUAUUUCUCUCAGCUGCCUUACAGGCUGAAAAAUGGAGGAGGUGUCAAAAUCUACCCAGUGCUUUUCACACAAGCGCUCGAGAGUAUGGAAGGAUACUACUACAGAGAUAAUGUGUCAGUGGAGGAAUACCAGGCACAAAUCAAUGCUGCCUCAUUGGAUAAGGUCAAGCAGUACAACAAAAGACUGAGGGCUUUCUACCUCGAUCAGUCCAACAUGCCGCCUAGCUCUGCACCAAAAGCAGCCCUCAUAGAUAAGUUAAUGCGUCCCCUCAACGCUCUGGAGGAGCUCUACCGUCUGAUGGAAAGUUUUAUUAGUUGUCGCCGCACCGCUGCCUGUCAGUACACCGCCUGCGGGGCUUCUGGCGUGGGGCUGCUCUCUGUGGCCUCUGAGCUCUGCUCGCGUCUGGGAGCCACACACAUUGUCAUGUGCAACAGCGGCGUUCAUCGCUGCACCCUGAGUGUGACACUGGAGCAGGCCAUCCUGCUGGCUCGAAACCACGGCCUUCCACCUCGCUGCAUCAUGCAGGCCACCGAUGUCAUGAGGAAGCAGGGGGCAAGAGUUCAAAAUUCUGCCAAGAACCUGGGAGUGAGGGAUCGCACGCCGUCGUCCGUCCCAAGGUUGUACAAGCUGUGCCAGCCUCCACCCCCAGAUGGUGAUCCAUAAUGCAUCGCACCCAGGAAGAGGUCUUGAGGAUCUUUUGAGUCAGCAACGCUUUCCCUCCACCAAUAGCUUAAUCUAAUUAAAGAGAGUUAUUGGGUUCAUUUUACAUGUCCAGAGUAGCUGCCUAAAGUGUAAAUAGAAUUUCUAAACCUUGGAUUGUGUUUUAAUACUUUACAUUUUUCACUGUUGUAUUUGAUACAUAUUGUUGAUUUUCUUUUUAUUCUGUGAUGCAUCUGACAAGACAAUGUGUCAGAGCGAAGGGAGCGAAAUUAGCUUAAUGAAUGAACAAAAUUAAUCCCAUCAGUUAAGUGUCUGCAUGUUAUUCUUCUUGUUUUUAUGAGGGACAUUUGCAUUUCAUGGUAUUAGCUUUAUUUGCAUAUGAAAUAAACGAUUAGAAGGAUACUGGAUGUAAUUUGGCACAGUAUUUGUUCAAAUUAGCCAGUAAUUUGUCAGCUUCUGUUCAGCUCUGACUUCAGUGCUUUGUCAGUUCCGUGCUGUUUAAUCAUAUGACUGUGUGUGUGUUUCUUGAAAAGAUGUUUAUUCACUUGUUAAUAUGCACAGCAUUUAGCAAAAAGAAAGGAAAAACAAGGGGGGAAAGUGUUGAUAGAGUCAUACUGUCUCACUGGGUUCAGAUUGUUAGGCAUGCACAUGAAGAUUUUUCAGUGAUUUUUAUCAGUAUUAACAUAAAACAGCAUAGAGUUAGGAGCUAUAUUCUGUGUUCCUAUAUUUUUAUAUAUAUAUAUUGACAAUACUCAGGAUUAAAACAUGCUAUCAUUGUAGAGUGGAUGACUAGCUUGCUACUAUGCAAAGGGUGAUGUUUCCUACAUAGACCGUAUGCCUCUGUAUGAUCAAUGUAAAAAUGAAGAUGAUUGGGGGUUUUCUGCAUAUUCCCUUCAAAAUCCUACAAAAUAAUAAUAAUAAUCCUGCCAUGUAUACAGUUUGUAAAAUGUACAUUAAAGCUGAUUACAGGG